UAUGUUCCCCCACCUAUAUAAGGCUGCAUCUCGCCGUUUCACAGGACCACUAUCGUUCACCCUGUUUUCUUCAUCAGUACCCUCUUCCUCGCGUCCUUCUCCCAGACAACUGCACGCAAUGGCCGUCAAGGAUUUUGUAAAUGAUACCAUCGCCCAGAACCAGGUCACCAUCUUCUCCAAGUCUUGGUGCCCUUACUGCAAGCGUGCCAAGGGCCUCUUCGCGUCGGAUUACUCUGAUGUCAAGGUCAAGGUCAUCGAGCUCGAUGAGAGGGAUGACGGCGACGCUAUCCAGGCUGCUCUGCUUGAAUUGACCGGUCAGCGAACCGUUCCCAACGUCUUCAUUAACAAGAAGCACGUUGGAGGCUCUGACGCGGUGUAUGCCCUCCACGCGAAGGAUGGGGUCGCUCCUCUCCUCGCAUAAUCACUUAGACAAAGGAUGCGCUUUGUAUCGUAACACCAUAUGCUAGAAC